CGGCAUUUUUAUUAAUAGUCCAACCCACCCACAGCCCUCUUCUUCUUCUUCUUCUUCUUCUUCUUUUCCUCCUCCCUUUUUCUUUCUCUUUUUUCAUUCUGCAUGUAAAUAAAGCCAAUGGUGAAUACGCCCCCUUGCCAUCCACCAAAAGACCCGUUCACUCUCAUUCCCUUUACCCACAAAGUCGGCGGCCAUGUCGCAAUGUUCCGCCUGACCUCCAACGGCGCCAUUUGCAAAGAUGUAACUGCAACCAAAGAGCAGUCGUUUUACGAAGACCUGCAAUACCAUACCCAAUUCUUACCGUUUAUCCCCCGCUACAUGGGCGUCAUUCGCUUACCGUGUGAAAAGCAGCAGCAUUCAGCAGAACAACGACGACUGCAACAACAACAACAACGACGACGACUACGACAAAGGAGAAGAAAAGCAAUGUCAACCCCUACUAGUGGCUCAACAACAACAGCAACAACAAGUCAAAGAAUCGAAGAAUAUACAUCCGAUUGUUCCUCUUCUCCAGAACUGCUUUACGACGACGACGACGAAGAAGAAGAUGAUUCGUUCGAAGACGACGAUUUGGAUGAAGAGCAUGUGGAACGCCGGCGGACUUUUCCGACAGAGCCGGAAGCAGCAGCGGCAACAAUAAGCAAAAAGAUCGUGUUGAGCAGGAUCCGACAUGCUUUGGACAAACACAGCAGCAGCGGUCCCAGCAGUCGGCAGGCACAGCAGCUCCUUGUCGACAGGGGGAUUGGCCAGGAGUUCAUUGUAAUUGAGGAUCUGACGGUCAACAUGAAGAAGCCCUGUGUGCUGGAUCUCAAAAUGGGAACUCGACAACACGGCGUUUAUGCUUCCGCGGCUAAAAGGGCCAGCCAGACUUUGAAAUGCGAACGGUCGACCAGUCGAUGCUUGGGUGUCCGUAUGUGCGGAAUGCAGGUUUACAAGGUUAACCGACGUGCAUAUGACGUGCAGGACAAGUACGUUGGGCGGAAUCUCACGCCCCAGUCGUUCUAUGAGACGCUGCGGUACUUUCUGCAUGACGGCCAACGGCUCUUGACGCGACACAUCCCGGCGCUACUACGAAAGCUGCGUCGACUGGUGCUGUUGAUCCAGUCACUGCCGGGCUACCGCUUCUUUGGCUCAAGUCUGCUCAUCAUCUACGACGGCAUGGAUCCGUCGUGCCCCAUGGAUCUGCGGAUUAUUGAUUUUGCGCAUUGUGUCACUCUGAAGGAGAUGCAGACGAGUAUCAAUGACAUGAGCUGGCCACCCGAAUCGCCGGAUGGGCCUGACCGUGGCUACCUUUUGGGCUUGCAGACGCUAAUUCAUGCUUUUGAGCAAAUGUACAGUUCUACUACUAUUAUUACUACCACCACUGCCUCUUCCCAUUAGUCCCACCUGUCGUUAUAAUCUAUCAUACCCCCCCCCCUCACUCACUCACUCACUCUUUAUUGUCUUUUACCUCAUCUUCUCUCCACGCUUUUGCCUCUUUUCUCUGUGCCAUAUUUUUUCUUUCUUUUUCCAUCUGUACUUAGCACUCUUUUCUAAUUUUGUGUAUCUAUUCUGCCGUCUUUGCUUUGCCCAAUAAAAACUCCAUUGUUUCAUUUUCCAUUGCGCACAAUAAACUCCUUCUUUUUCCUGCUUUUCCCUCUUUUUUUAAAAGAAAAUGACAGGGGACAGUACAACACAACAUGAACAAGGACAAGAACAGCAGCAGCAGCAACAACAACAACAAGAAGACCAGCAACGGUCCUUGUUGGACAGAAUCCAUCCAUUGGACGACGAGCAAGUGC